UGUUUAGUGCACACGUGGUUCAUGAGCGCCGACUUUCAGCUCCACAUCCUAUCUUUCUUUGCGAUACUCGCCUUAAGUAAAGCCAAGGGUUUCGGUGUAAUGCUGUGCACAGGACUCAUACUAUGCGGUAUUGCUAUACCAUCGGCGGUCAAUCUGAAGACAAACGGACCGCCAAUGCCUAUGCCUUUCGAGGAACCGGAUUUGGAUCAGUUCUACCGCGACCUCAACACUCAAUACCACCCGACGUAUAAUCAUUUGUCCACAUAUUUUAUCGGUGUUUUGGUCGGCUAUCUGUUGACCAGAAGCAAUGAUUUGCGGCUCAGUUGGCCGUCAAACACGAUAUUGUGGUUAGUGUUGCCGGUGUGCACCCUAUCGGCCACUUUCGCCACAUACCUGUGGACAGGGCUCGAGUGGGAGUACAGUAAGGCGACGGCGGCGGCCUAUUCUGGCCUACAUCGAUUUGUGUAUAUACUAGCGUACGCUUGGCUCGCCAUUUACUGCUCAGCUAAUAGCAAGAGUAAUUUUAAUAUUUACUCAACCGGUGGCGUAAUCUUGUAUUCAAUGUGUUUAUCACUAAUACUAUACCUCCUGUUUGAGAGCUGUUGGAGUAAUGUAUUGAGUCUCGCAUUGAAGAAGAAACGGAUGGAUAAGACGGACGACAAGCAAAAGGAUGUGACGGAAGAGACGAAGACUAACGGAGGAGGAAAACAAUCGCAAAUAUUUAGCCAUAAACUAAAUGGAAAGUCCAUUGAAGCCGAGUAUAACAUAAGCAGACAUAUGGACACCAAUAAUAAUAGUAAUCAUAAUAAUAAGAAAAGUCAUUGGAAAGCAUAUUCUGGUGCCGGAAACGCGUUGCCUGAAUAUAGGGUCCGAUCGAUGGCCGGCGCCGGCAGUGUCUACAUAGAUGUGGGACAUGUAGGACACGACUCCCAACCCAUCAACGCUCACAUUAAUCAAUCGUUUAAUGCCUAUCAAACCGCUGGCAAUACCAAACUUUAA